AUGCGGAUCCUCUAAAAUUAAUAAACUCUACUUUUCCAUAACUUAUUACAUCCGCCUUUAAGGCAUUCAUUCCAAAUCAAUACCUUAAUUAAAAUAAGAUGGGUAUUGAAUCAUAAAUUAUUUAACCUUAAAUUUUCAAGCCAUUUACGUUAUAUUUAAAAUUUAUAUUCAUGUAAAGUCUUCUUCUUUUUGUCUGGUAGUGAUGAUUAGUAUAUAAUACUCUGGAUGGUGAAUAAUUAGAAAUAAUGGUAGAGAUAAGAAAGUCACACUGAUAGAGUUAAUUGUGUAAUCUUGAACAAUAAAGAAGAUUUUACAUAUCUGGUAGUAAUGAUAAAACAAUUAAGUUUUGGGUUAAGAAAAUUAAUAAUGGGAAUGCAAUUAGACAAUAUCAGGUCAUACAGGAAGUGUUCGAUGUUUAUCUUUGAAUCUAUCAUAUAAUAAGCUGAUAUCAUGUGUUUAUGAUAAAUUAUUAUUAAUCUUCUCAUAAGAUAGUAAUAAAAGUUGGAAAAUAAUCUAAAAAGAUAUCAGUUCAAAGAGACGGGUAUUGUUUAUGUUUCAUUACUGAUCAAAUGUUUAAAUUUUAACAGAAAACAAUAAAUAUUAUGUAUAUUUAUCAAUUAAAUACAACAAGUUAAUAGUUUAUGAUAAUAGAACUAGAGGUAAACAUUGAUUCAGGAAAAAGGUAUACUGGAUUAAUCCUUAAAAAGUUCAUAAAAGAAAAGUAAAUUCUACUAAAUAAUAAUGGGCUAAUUAUAAACUUAAUUAGACUUUAUAGCAAUGGUUAAUUCAAAACAGACAAAUAUUGUGCACUAUUUGGUACUUUUUCAUACAAUGCUAGUUAUUUAGUCACAUAUGAUAGUGAUAGUUAGGAGAUAACGGUAAGAAAAUAUAGAGAAAUUGAUGUGCAUAAAUCAAAUUUCCUAGGUCGAGUGUUUAUUAUGA